GGCCUUUCACUUCCGGUUCAUAGAUUCUUCCAUGUUGUUGUUUCUCUUGCCUGGACGUUUGGUUUCAGUUUAAUUAACUUUCUCUUUUUAUUUCACCUCACUGAUUCCCUGUCACAAUGUCUCGGGGGUCGAGUGCAGGGUUCGACCGCCACAUCACCAUCUUCUCCCCGGAGGGCAGGCUUUACCAAGUCGAGUACGCCUUUAAAGCCAUCAAUCAGGGAGGAAUGACCUCUGUGGGGAUCAGAGGGAAGGACUGUGCUGUGGUCGUCACACAGAAGAAAGUUCCAGACAAGCUGUUGGAUUCUGCCACUGUCACACAUCUGUUUAGGAUCACAGAGAACAUAGGCUGCGUCAUGACUGGUAUGACUGCUGACAGCAGGUCUCAGGUGCAAAGAGCACGCUACGAAGCUGCUAACUGGAAUUACAAAUACGGCUAUGAGGUCCCAGUGGACAUGCUGUGCAAACGCAUCGCCGAUAUCUCCCAGGUCUACACACAAAAUGCUGAAAUGAGACCGCUCGGCUGUUGUAUGAUUGUGGUCGGCAUGGAUGAGGAGCUUGGCCCACAGCUUUAUAAAUGUGAUCCAGCUGGCUACUAUUGUGGCUUUAAGGCGACUGCAGCUGGAGUCAAACAGACUGAAGCCACCAGUUUCCUGGAGAAGAAAAUCAAAAAGAAACCUGAUUGGACCUUUGAGCAGACAGUAGAGACGGCUAUUUCCUGCCUUUCUACUGUUCUGUCCAUUGACUUUAAGCCCUCGGAGCUGGAGGUGGGAGUCGUCACAACUCAGGAACCAACAUUUAAGAUUCUGUCAGAGUCUGAGAUUGAUGCUCACCUUGUUGCUUUGUCUGAGAAGGAGUGAGGAUGAACAACAAAACCCUGAAGUGUCAAAUAAAGGAAAAAAUAAGAGGAUCUGCUUUCUUCUCAAUCCAGGGACAUUUAAAAACAGCAAGAUUAAAUCAGGACAUUUUGCUGCAGGUUGGGUUCAGUUUUUUUCCCCCUCUGUCAGCUGCACUGCCUUUUACAAACCUCUGUUCUUGCAGGUCAUAGUCUAAGCCCCCACUUAUCCACCUCUAUUUUUUUUUUACUCUUUCAACCCUGACUGCAGCUGCAUUUUUAAAGACAAUGUGAACUUUUAGAUUGGUGCUCCCAGUGACAUAAAACUACCCCAGAUGCGUUAAAUUUCAUUUUUUGACAUCAGUACAUAAUUAACACUACAGCUGCAGAACAAUACUUCUCAGUCAUAGGUUUCAUUUUUACUCAGGAUAUCUCUGGAGUUUCCUGUUGGAGCAGCUCCAGGAAUUUUUCUGUCAAUACAAUCAUCUUUGCAUCUUCAUCAAUCUCUGCUCAGGACAACAAGGACUAACUCACUAUUCAGUUCUAUCCUCUCAGCUGCAAUCAUCUCUGUAAGCUGCAGCACUUCUAUUAAAUACAGUGUUUUUAUUUAACUACAAAGUC